UAAUAAUCAAACAUAUCUUUUGUUUGUAUCCAGGAUACCAAAAUGCUGAUGUGACGUGGAUACAUGUCAUGGCGGGAUGAUUUGAAGUGGAAGCUAACGUUAGCAGGACGAUGCAGAGGUCUGUGUCCAGUUUGUCUCUGAGUCCCAGUGUAAAGGUGAAACUGGUUAACGCUGGUUUCCAGUUCACCGCCGACCUGCUACACGUGAAGCCACUUCAACUCAGUAAAGAGACCAGUUUGUCCCAGCUGGAGGCGCUGGAAGUGCUGCAGGCUGUGAGGGGAGAGACGGGAGGAGGUGACAAUGGAGCAGGAGGAGGAGGAGGAGGAGGAGGAGCCUCAUCCUCUCUGACGGCUCUGGAGCUCCUGCAGAAGGAGGAAGAGUUGAGGAGCAUCGUGACGUUUUCCUCUCAGCUGGAUGCUGCUCUCGGAGGAGGACUUCCUGUCGGGAAAACCACAGAAAUCUGUGGAGCUCCUGGGGUCGGGAAAACACAGCUUUGCCUGCAGCUAGCAGUGGAUGUUCAGGUGCCUCAGUGUUUUGGGGGCGUCGGAGGUCAGGUGGUCUACAUUGACACGGAGGGCAGCUUCUUGCUUCAGAGAGUUGUCGAUAUUGCCACCGCCGCGGUCCAACACUGCUCCUUACUGGUUGAAGACGACGAGCAACAAGUUGCCAUGGCAACCUUCACUGUGGAAACCAUCCUGUCCAACACCUUCCUGGUGCGUUGCCACGACUACGUGGAGCUGCUGGCAGAGCUCCACCUGCUGCCUGACUUCCUAUCCAACCACCCAAAGGUCCGCCUCCUUGUGAUUGACAGCGUGGCGUUUCCAUUCCGGCAGCACUUUGACGAUCUCUCUCAGAGGACACGCCUACUCAACGGCCUCGCCCAGCAACUCAUUUCCAUGGCAACCAGCCACAAGAUUGCCGUGCUGAUGACCAACCAGAUGACCACCCGGCUGCGGGGCGGCCAGUCGCAGCAGGUCCCGGCCCUUGGAGAGAGCUGGGGCCACGCCGCCACCAUCAGGCUCCUCCUGCACUGGGCGGGGCCUCAGCGGCUAGCUAACGUCUUUAAAUCCCCGAAUCACAUGGGGGCUACGGUCCGAUACCAGAUAACCUCCGAGGGGUUCAGAGACGUCGACCAAUCGGAGCAGCCGCCAAGCAAGCGAGCCCGAAAACACACCGUCCAAAUGGCAGCGGCCAGGGAGCCGUCAGAAACAUGAGGUCCGGUAGGACCAGUCCGUCUCCGACCAUCUGUGCCGUUUGUCCUCCUACCUAGAACGCCGAGAACAGACUUGUGUCCUCUGGAGAAUGGACACCCGGAGCCGGGCGGAUGGAGGACAGGCGUUCUGCACCUUCUUUGGUCUUUAAAUGGAUUUAAUUAUUUUACCAUCAAACCAAAAGACGACCCUGCUUUGGAUUUGAUUUCAUAGAAAAAGAAAUGAUACAGCAAACUUUUCAACGGAAUUGACUGUUUUGACAUCAUAACAUCCUCCACGUGAACGCUGUGGAUGUGAAGAGGUCUUUUCUUGAGAUUACAGUGGAAACGGGUGAUUUUGUGAUCUUCACAAUAAAACCUGUUGAUGUGACGAGUA